AUUCCUCCUCCCAUCCAGGGCCUGUCAUGGAUGAAGAGACUCAGCACAGCCUUGAAUGCAUCCAGGCUAACCAGAUUUUUCCCAGGAAGCAGCUGAUCCGAGAGGAUGAGAACCUCCAGGUCCCCUUCAUCGAACUCCACGGAGAGAGCACGGAGUAUGUCGGCCGAGCAGAGGAUGCCAUCAUUGCACUUUCGAAUUACAGGCUGCACAUCAAAUUCAAGGAGUCUGUCGUGAAUGUUCCAUUGCAGCUCAUAGAAAAUGUGGAGUGCCGUGAUAUCUUCCAGCUGCAUUUGACUUGCAAAGACUGCAAGGUUAUAAGGUGUCAGUUCUCAACUUUUGAGCAGUGCCAGGAGUGGCUGAAGCGGCUGAACAACGCCAUCCGCCCCCCCUCCAAGAUCGAAGACCUCUUCUCCUUUGCCUACCAUGCGUGGUGCAUGGAGGUCUAUGCUAGUGAAAAGGAGCAGCAUGGGGACUUGUGUCGGCCAGGAGAACAUGUGACUUCAAGGUUUAAGAACGAAGUGGAGCGGAUGGGCUUCGAUAUGAACAAUGCCUGGAGGAUUUCCAACAUCAAUGAGAAGUACAAGCUCUGUGGAAGUUACCCCCAGGAGAUCAUAGUUCCUGCCUGGAUCACGGAUAAGGAGCUGGAGAGCGUGGCAAGCUUUCGGUCCUGGAAGCGUAUCCCUGCUGUGGUCUACAGGCACCAGAGCAAUGGAGCAGUUAUCUCCCGCUGUGGACAGCCCGAGGUCAGUUGGUGGGGCUGGAGGAAUGCAGAUGAUGAACACCUUGUCCAGUCUGUAGCCAAAGCCUGUGCCUCAGAUUCAAGGUCCAACAGCAGCAAGUUAAUGAAUGGAAAUUGUUCCAGGGAUUUCUCCAAUGGAGAAGACCUCUCUGAUGUGGAAUUUGAUUCCUCCAUUUCCAACGCUUCAGGAGCAGAGAGUUUGGCAAUUCAGCCUCAGAAGCUUUUGAUCCUGGACGCGCGGUCGUACGCAGCAGCUGUGGCCAACAGAGCCAAAGGUGGAGGCUGUGAGUGCCCAGAGUAUUACCCCAACUGUGAGGUGGUGUUCAUGGGGAUGGCCAACAUCCAUUCCAUCCGGAAGAGCUUCCAGUCGCUGCGUUUGCUCUGCACUCAGAUGCCAGACCCAGGAAAUUGGCUGUCUGCUCUGGAAAGCACCAAGUGGCUGCAGCACUUGUCUGUGCUCCUGAAAUCUGCUCUCCUCGUGGUUCAUGCUGUGGACCGAGACCAGCGCCCAGUCUUGGUGCACUGCUCCGAUGGCUGGGACCGAACCCCCCAGAUAGUGGCACUUGCCAAGCUGCUGCUCGACCCCUAUUACAGGACCACAGAGGGUUUCCAGGUGCUAGUGGAGACGGAGUGGCUGGAUUUUGGCCACAAGUUUGCCGAUCGCUGUGGCCAUGGUGAGAACUCGGAUGACCUGAAUGAGCGCUGCCCAGUGUUUUUACAGUGGCUGGACUGCGUCCAUCAGCUCCAGAGGCAGUUCCCUUGCUCUUUCGAGUUUAACGAAGCAUUCCUUGUGAAAUUGGUGCAGCACACCUACUCCUGCCUCUUUGGUACAUUCCUGUGCAACAAUGCGAAAGAGAGAGGAGAAAAACACACUCAGGAACGGACCUGCUCUGUCUGGUCUUUGCUGCGGGCAGCAAACAAAGCCUUCAAAAACCUGCUCUACUCCUCCCAGUCGGAAUCUGUGCUGUACCCUGUGUGCCAUGUGCGGAACCUCAUGCUCUGGAGUGCUGUCUACCUGCCCUGCUCCUCCCCCUCCACCCCUGCCGACGACACCUGUGCCCCCUACCCUGUGCCAGGCUCUAGCCCUGAAGAUCAGCCUCUGGGCAGGUUACCAAAGACAAGGUCGUUUGACAAUCUGACAACUGCCUGUGACAGCAGCGUGCCUACCGCCAACCGCCGCAGCAGCGACCCCAGCCUCAACGAGAAGUGGCAGGAGCACCGGCGGUCCCUGGAGCUCAGCAGCCUGGGCACUGCUGGGGAUGACCCCUUCGAGGGAGACAGCCUGGGCAAGCAGGGCAGGGCCCCCCUGGGAGCAGAGCUGUCUGUGGCUGCCUGCGUGGCAGAGGGGCAGAUGGAGAACAUUUUGCAAGAGGCCACUAAAGAUGACGUUGGUCUGGAGGAGCACUUGAGGGGUAACCUAGAGACAAUAGGUAAAGGGGAUGAGGUUGCCUUGGAGAAGGAGAAGAGAGCUGAAAACUUCCAUGGGUAUGUCAAUGACCUCUGUGAAAAGGCUGAGGUGAAUAAAGGUGUCGCGAUGAACAAUCCAGCAUCCAAUCCACAUCCAGUCUCACAAGGUGCUUCUGAGCUUAAAGGACAAGAGGAGGAGCUUGCUGACCUCAGUAACGCUGUCCAGAAGCUACCUCAGGUGAAAGGACUCCAGCCUAUUCCUUUGGAGAGCUUUGUAAAUAGAGAUGCCCAGGUGAGCGCAGAGGAGGACGGCCCUGGCAAGCUUCAAGGAGAAGCAGAGAGCCUGCACAGCACAGGGCAGGCCAGCCUGCCCUUACCUAUCACAAUCCCACACGAGACAAGAACAUCCAACAUUGAAAGCUCCACAGAAACCUUAACAGAGAACGAAUCAAAGCAGGAGCCCCUUCCCAAGGGUCCUUGCCACAGACCUCACCCAAUCAACAACAGCGCGGAGGAACGCGCUUGGCCCACGGCAGCCAGGCCAGAGUGGGAGAGCAUGGUAGAGCUCCAGAAACUGGGAACAAGAGCACACAGGACUUCUGGUAGCAGCACCACACACAUCCUGAUGCCUUCCCCUUGUGCCUUGCCUUUAGCUGAAUGUAAAGAUGAGAUUGUGUGCAAUGGGGAGCUGGAGCCCGAGAACAAGGUGGCAGAGAAGCCCGCGGGGUUUGGUAGCUCCCAGAAGUACCACACCACCAACGGCCACUGCCUGAACGGGGAGGAGGGCAGGCUGAAGGCCUCGCUUAGCCGCCAGGUCUCCACGGCCAGCUGCAGCUCCACACAGUUCCACUUGAGGAACCUGCACCAGAAGUGGGUGUUGGGUCAGCUGGGGAAGCAGCAGGCAGCGAGCAGCCCGGACCAACCUGCCAGGAGCCACCUGGACGACGACGGGAUGCCCGUCUACACCGAUGUCAUCCAGCAGCGCCUGCGCCAGAUCGAGACCGGCCAUCAGCAGGAGGUGGAGACCUUGAAGAAGCAAGUGCAGGAGCUGAAGAGCCGCUUGGAGAGCCAGUUCCUCAACAGCUCCCUGCGCCUCAAUGGUGAUUAUGGAGAUGAAGUGACUUCUAUACCCGACUCGGAAAGCAAUCUGGAUCAGAACUGCUUGUCUCGCUGCAGCACAGAGAUUUUCUCUGAAGCCAGCUGGGAGCAGGUGGAUAAACAGGACACAGAGGUGACACGAUGGCUUCCAGACCACCUGGCUGCACACUGCUAUGGCUGUGACAGCGCCUUCUGGCUCGCCAGCAGGAAGCACCACUGCAGGAAUUGUGGCAACGUGUUCUGCUCCAGCUGCUGUAACCAGAAGGUGCCUGUUCCCAGCCAGCAGCUCUUUGAACCCAGCAGAGUCUGCAAAUCGUGCUACAGCAGCUUGCACCCCAGCAGCUCCAGCCUUGAUCUCGAACUGGACAAGCCCAUCACUGCCACAUCUAAUUAGAGCCCCGUGCUGGGAGCGGCGGGGGAGCAGCCGUGCCGGUGCCCAUGC